AAUCUCUCAUUGUACUUGAUUGUUCUUUCAGUUUUAUUUGUGGUACCGGUAUGUUUGUUGUGAAUCACUUAUUUAAUUAAUUUUAUGAUGCAGCAAAGCAUUUUUUUUUCUUCGUUCAAAAUAUGGAUGUUUGAAAGCCACUUUCUGUAGCCCCUUACAUUUUUUAUUGAGAAAUUAUCUGAAAUCAUGGCUCCCACACCCAGCAAGGGCAAGGUUCACAAGUCGUCUGGGAAGAUAAUGCGCAAGAAGGAACAUGACUCAAGUAGGCUUUCAUCUGGUAAUGGAUCUCACAAUGGAAGUGGUGCUGGAGGCAGUGGCAGUUCUAGCAGUAACAAUAAGAAAGAAGAUAGUGGCAGCAACAGUUCUUCCUGCGUAGAUCUGAAGGAUUGUGCGCUGACACUUCCCAUCAUGGCUGCUGUGGAUCACAUCAAAUUUUUGCCUCGCUACACAAACUUGCUAGAGUCUGCUCACUCUGGUGUUCCUUUAGUGUGCUCUGGAGAGACAAUCUCCAUGGAGGAGCUGGAUAAUCUCCAACUCGAAUUGGAGCUUCUGGCCUCUUCAAUGCUGGUGCGUCAGAGCGCCCUCACGGAACAGGUCACCAUCAUUGAGCAGAUGGAGAAGGGCAAGAUUGUUCCCAGACCACAAGUAUCGCCCGGCAAGCGGGUGCGCACCGACGGCGACACACUGCAGAGGCCCAGCAAGAAGGCCAGGGAGGCCAGCAAGGCGCGAGACUCGACGCCGGGGCUCGCACCGGCCCCUGUAGCACAUGCCACGCCCCCACCGCCCCCCAGUAAAGUACCCAAGGUGAAGUGCUCUAUAGUGCGCAACGAGCCGUUGUUUGAUGUCCCCGACCUGCCAGCUGCCGAGGUGCCCCGACCUCCUCCUUCCCGCAACGACAUCACCAACAGGUUCUGGGCCAUGGUCGACACCUAUUGUCAGGAGCUGACAGCUGAUGACAUUAAGGCUCUGGAGGACCUGAUCGCGGCUCACAACGACGACCCCGACGUAUACAAGAUACAGGCCCUGGGCAAGCACUACACUCUGCGCUGGGCUCAGGAGGACCUCGUGGACGAGCAGAAGGAGAGCAGCAGCAAGCUAAACGAAAACAGCAGCAGCAAGAAGAAGAGCAGCUCUAAUGGAGAUGUGCCGGACAAGCUGCUUCGCGAGGUGGACCUGAACCACAGCAGCAGUGCAGACGACGCAGCCACCCUGGGGCCUAUUGCACAGCGUCUCCUGGCGGGGCUUGUGGAUGAACGUGGACCGUGUGAAAACUCCGAGAAUAAAGUUGGUCUUGGCGUGGGGAGACCUGGAUUCCUGCGCAGCCUUGGUCUGGGCAACGGAGCAGGCCUGGAAAAACGCCUACGUAAAGAACUUCAAGAACACGGCAUCAUGGAUGCUGAUCACAUCAACCAGGACGAGGAUGACGAAAUCCUGCAGGAGCUGAAGCGGUGUCAGUCAGAGCUGCGCGCGGUGUCUGCACACAACCGCACGCAGCUCAACCGCCUGCUGAAGCUGGCGCGCGAUGCGCUCUACCGGCACGACCUCAAGAAAAAGCUUCGCGAUGCCGAGGCCAAGGUUAUUGAAGCUCAUAAAAACUUGGCGUCUAUGCGCGUGAAAAAGAAACCUCCGUCGAAGCGUGAUAAAGAAGCCGCGUGGAAAGCCAUCAAGGAGCGCGAGGUGAUCGUCAGGCAGCUCGAUACUCUCAGCACCUGAGCCCAUGUAGUUCUUGUUUAUUUUUUACUUUCGCGUGCAAAGGAUUGUUAAAUCUGCGAGAAUGUCAACAUCGCCGCAUUAGCUUGCAAUGUUUAGAAACUAUGUUAAACUGUCUUGAAUAAUCAUUUGAUUUAACCCCUCAGACUCAGGCUACUCGGUUCUAGCUGUUAAUCUAUGCUCCAUAGGCUGACCUGCUAUUUUGUAGAUAACGAUAAUAAAGUGAAAUCAUGUUCAAGAUGUUCUCUCAGGCAACUAAAGACGUCUGAACUAUAUCACUUUGAUUUGAUACCUAAUUUAUUUACCGUAAAAACAAUAUCUAUGUAGCAACAGCAUUACGUGUAAUCAAUAAUAAUUGAACUAGGCGCUCAUUGAAGCUUAUAGUGGUUCAACGUGAAGCAUCACUAUCCUACACGUUAUUAUUAAUUAUAACUAGAAACGGUGACAUCUAUUUCCAAACAUUGCUAUGCUAGACACUGCUUUUGAGGUACAACGAUUAGGCUUUGUACUAUAGUUUUGAAAUUCUUGACUUCUAUCACGGAUGAACUGUUAUGAUGGCGUCCUAUGCAUCGAGUCACAAUUUUGAAUACGUGCACAUAGUCGAGUCGAGUAUUUGAUUUUCACUUGAGCAGGUUUCAAUUCCGAGUCAAUCUAUGUAAAGUCAUGUAUGUAUAUACCAUUGUAUGGUAAUCACUUACGAAGAUGCUUUAACUAAAUUAAUCGGAUUGAGUUUAUGGGCUCACGGUAGCCACUAGACUUGUUAUUGACUAUGUAGAUAUCUGUAAUUGCCUUGCAGUUUAUUAAAAUUAUUCAGCCAAUAAAA